CCUGCCCAGUUGCGUCCAGUAACGUAAAUUGAACGCAGCAGCUACAACAACAACAACACGCUAUUUAUGGAGAUUUCUUGUCGUAUUUUGUUAUAAUACGUACGACGUUGAUCUACUAGCACAACUUAACAUUUAGUUAGUAUUAAAGAUGGGCAGGAGCAGGAGCCGAAGCCCACCGAGACGAGAGAGAAGACGUUCUCGCUCGACUUCUCGGGACCGUGAGAGAAGGCGAAGGGAGAGGGAGCGCUCUCGUUCCAGAGAUCGCGACAGAGAGAGGCGGAGAAGCCGCUCCCGAUCUCCUCACAGGAGGCGCUCAAGGUCUCCUCCCAGACGUCAUCGCUCGUCCUCCGACUCUCCUGGAAGACAAAAAGAUGGAAAGGAUAAACCAGCCAAGGCCAUUCAGAUCUCAGCUGAAGACAUGCAAGGCAAAACAGAGGAGGAAAUUGAGAUGAUGAAGGCGAUGGGAUUUACUGGCUUCAACACCACCAAGGGGAGGAAAAGUGAUGGAUCUGCAAACGCACAUGCCGUCAAUGUGACCAUGAAGAGAAAGUACAGGCAGUACAUGAACAGAAAAGGUGGAUUCAACAGACCGCUGGACUUCAUUGCUUGAAAGUACCCACAACUUAUUGUGUUACCCAACAAGCUUACAUUUGUUCUCCCCUCACAAUAAUGGAUAAUUACGUUGCGCUAUUUGCUGUUAUUUCUUAUUUCAUGUUUUGUGUGAUGCAACAAUUCUGUACAUACCCUUUAAUAAGUGUAAAUAAUAGUGCUGGUAAUAAACCACAGCUGAGUAUUGAUAGAAGACCCCGUUUGCACACAAUACCUACAUUUGUUUUCAAGGUGGUGUACUGUGUUUUAUUUGAAAUAAAAGCAUUUUAAAAGUG